AUGUGGUUCGCGACUGGCGCUCUCUUGCUUUGGGCCGCCCAGGAUGUGCUCUCUGCCCCUUCCGCCUCCCACGUGAAGAAGGCCGCUCCCUCGGCCACGGUUAAGAAUGGCACCUAUACCGGCGUCCAUUCCACCAGUUACAAACAGGACUUCUUCCUGGGCAUGCCCUUUGCUCAGCCUCCCGUCGGCGACCUUCGUUUCCGUAACCCUCAAUCUCUUAACACCACCUGGGAUGGUGCCAAGUCUGCCACUGCGUACAGUGAUACUUGCGUUGGCUAUGGCUCUGACCAAUUCGGCUACGAAGUCACCGAGGAUUGUCUGUACCUCAACGUGGUGAGGCCAUCUGGGUAUGACAACCAGAAGUUGCCUGUAGCUUUCUGGAUCCACGGUGGUGGCUUCUUCGAGGGCAGUGCGGGUGAUAAGCGCUACAAUCUUUCCUUCAUCGUCCAGAAUGGCGUCGAUCUAGGCAAGCCUUUCAUCGCCGUUUCGACCAACUACCGCCUGAGUGCCUGGGGCUUCCUCCAGGGAGAAGACGUCCAGAAGAGCGGUCAGACUAACGUUGGUAUUCGCGACCAGCGUUUGGCUCUGCACUGGGUGCAAGAGAACAUUGGCGCAUUCGGAGGUGAUCCCUCUAAGGUCACCAUCUGGGGUGAAUCUGCCGGUGCUGCCUCUGUUGGCGCGCACUUGGUGGCGUACAAUGGCCGGGAUGACAAACUGUUCAGGGGUGCCGUGAUGCAGAGUGGCGCGCCCAUCUACUUCGCUGCCCUCAACAGCAGCACCGACCAGCAGCCCAAGUACGAGCAACUUUUGACGGCCGUUGGCUGCAGCAAUGCAACCGACAGCCUUGACUGCCUGCGUGCCGUGCCCUAUGAGGACCUGAACAAGGCAAUCAACACCACCGCACUCACGCAAUGGGGUCUCUCGUUCGACCACGACCUUUUCCAAGAACUGGGCUCCGUCCAGGUCGCAAAGGGCGAUGUCGUCCGUGUCCCCAUCAUCAUGGGCGCAAACUCCGAUGAGGGCACCGCCUUCGGUACCUACGGAAUAGACAACACGACGCAGUUCGAGAACUCUUUGCUGGCAUCCGGUGUCCCCGCCAACUUCACCCCCUCGAUCCUGGAAGCGUACCCCGACAUCCCGGCGCUAGGCAUUCCAGGCUCGGGAGCAUUGGGGCCCUUGCCGGCAGACUUCCGCCCAUCCCUGCCCUACGGUGCCCAGUUCCGGCGCUCAGCUGCCUACGGCGGUGACUACACGUUCAUCGCGAGCAGGCGCCGGACAUGUGAGCUCUGGGCCACGCAUGGCUUGGCGGCGUACUGCUACCGGUUCAACGCGAUCCCGGCGGGGCUUGCCCAGAUUCCGGGUGUGACGCACUUCCAAGAGGUGGCUUUUGUGUUCGACAACGUGGAUGGUUUGGGCUACGCGCCGGUAGCGACGCCGCCAUUCCAGGGCAAGGGCAAGGGCUACACGGACCUUGCUAAGCUGAUGUCGAACAGCUGGGUCAGCUUUAUUGUCGAUGGCGACCCGAACGGGUACAACCGCCAGGGCAGACAGAACACCGGCAAAUGGCCCAAGUACGAUAACAGCAACCCGCUGGACUUUGUGUUUGAUGCCAAUGUUACGAGCCAUACGGAGCCGGAUACGUACCGCAAGGAGGGUAUGAAGCUGAUUGCGGAUCAUGCGGCGGAUGUGUACGGUCGCUAA